AUGAAUCCUGCUAAUUGUCGGUGCAUAUACUGCCCAAAAAGCCAAAGUGUCUCUACUGGAGGCAACCGUUCGCCUGCCAUAGCAGGCGUCAAGCGAAAGGACGAGCCCACCAGCGCAUCGAGCUCAGCUAAUGCAGAUCGUCGUAGAAAAAAGUCACAUAAUGCAGAUGUCGCCGAAGUGCCGGCGCACACCUCGAUUACUGUACGCGGCGUCGAAAUAGAUCGGCUCGAACCUGGACUUGCCAUCGUGUCCGUGCCUCAGCGUGAUCUGGAGACAAUGCGUCCACUCAAUCGCGGCGAAAAGGAGCGCUUUCGGGUAGGCGAGGUGGCAUGGUGCAUGCUGAGUGAACCCGUCGUCGAUCCUACCUGCCCAGGGCGACAGAUCGAGAUCUGGCCUGUAGUCAUCUUGGACUCCGCUGUCCAAGUUACGACCAUGCCCGGAUAUGAUACAGACAACAAUAACAAGCAAAGGACACGUGCCAGAUCGCCGCUGGCACAGAGCGGUGUUGGCUCUGUAAACCAGUCGAUGGCGUACCAGGUCACCUUUUUCGGCACCACGGAAAAGGCCAAGGUGCCUGAGGCUUCAUUGAUGCCAUACCUGAUCGGAUUCAUCCCGGAGGAUCUGGUCAACAGCGACUUGGGCACGCGCCAAGACCAUCUAUGGCUGUUUCAGGACGACGAGUACCCGCAUCUGAAUCUGUCGAGGCAACCCAACGUCGCGGCUCCCGAGUUUACAAAAGCGAUCGUUGCAUGGGGGUUUGCGGUCGAGGCGGUGGCGAUACUGCGCAAUCUGUAUAAUGUGACGGAUGCGUAUUCAGUGUCGGAAACCCCGCAGGGUAAAGCGCGGGAUCUAGGCGCCUCCGCGGCUGAAAGAGAUAAUCAGCUAGCGAGCGGGAUGCGCUAUUACCAAGGCAUUUACUUUGGGCUGGAGAGGCUAUGGGUUGGUGAUGUAGUGCGACUCCGAUUGUCUCGAAGUGAUAUCAAGAAGCUGCAGCAGCAGCUCAACGCUGUACUGGCAGCCGAGGCGCAAUCUGAUGCAAGCGAUGCCAAAGCGAUCCUUCUCGACGAAGCAGGCUCGUACGCGCUGCAACUCGGAGCGAUCUACGAAGAUCCGCAGGCGCCCAAGACGGUGCGUGUAUCGGGCGAGAUAUACCAGAUCAUGGCGCAGGCCAAGUACGCUGCGCUUACGACAGACAUUGAGGCAAGAAAUAAGCGGCGCGAGGCGGAUGACGGCCGAGAUGCUGCGGCUCGUCAAGAAGAAGCCAGGAAGCUGGAAGCGAGACUCCCCAAGUCAAGCGUUCUGACGGGCAGUCCUGGAUUCCCUCCCAUUCCGCAGGUCCCUGCGGGAUUUGUCAUGGUUUCGCUCAAUGACCGUUUUCAAGCGCGUAUUCCACGCGAGGCCACGCUCACCCUCGGCCAUGUCGCAGGCAGAAUGUAUCCCUCGCUAGGUAUGUAUUCGGACAUUCCGCGUGUUGCCGAACAGAUCAAGCAAAGUCCGAGCAACAAAAAGCUGGCCGCAGAUGAAGACACGCAGGUGGGGCUUAGAGCCAGGUUGAGCGUCGCCGGUCUACUGUCAGGAUGCGUCAAGGCGAUGAAAGCUAGCAGUGUACAUACAUGGACUCGAACGGCAAGCUUUAAGGGUGCACUAGCGUUGGCGAGGAAGAGGUUGGAUAGCAUCCUUUCGAGCGAGUCUGGUCAUCUGGAUACGGAGGAGACGGUGGCUGCUUCGCUCGUAAAGUCUCCUACAGAAGACAGUAGCACAUCAGCAUCAGCAGCAGCAGCAGCGGCGGCGGCGGUGUCGAUGUCGGCGGAAACAGUAGUGGCGCCCCCCAGAAACGACACAGAAGCACCUAAUGUUGCAGCACUGCACAUGCAACCAGCACCAGCACCAGCACCAGCACCAGCACCAGUCACCACGAGCGCGCAACAAGAGGUCUCAACAGCGACAACAGCAGCAACAACAUCGAUAGAAGCGACUGCAGACGUGCAGGUGUCUCCGGUUUCCGAAGACACACGGCCGCUUCUACCAGGCUGGCAAGCACGGAAGUCGAGAAAUUUGGGCAUGUACUACUAUGUUCAUACCGCGACCAAGAAGACGCAGUGGGAGAGGCCUACGUUGUAA